UCAUUCUCGAAGGCAAAAAAAAAAAAAAUUUGACCCCUGCCUUAUAAAUACCGACCGCGCUGCCUCAAUCCACUGCCAAAUCUCUCAAAUUGCUCUCAGGUCCUAGGGUUUGUGCAUCUCGUUUCAUGAACGCAGUAUUGUUCAUCGAUCUCGACUAAAAGCAGAAGGAACUAGAGCUAUGGGGAAGAGAAAGUCUCGGGCAAAGCCACCUCCUAAGAAGAGGAUGGACAGACUUGAUACAGUCUUCAGCUGCCCUUUCUGCAACCAUGGCACAAGUGUGGAGUGCCGCCUUGAUAUGAAGAACUUGAUUGGUGAAGCUGUAUGCGGGAUAUGCCAAGAAAGGUUUAGCACCUCAAUUACAGCUUUAACUGAACCAAUAGACAUAUACAGCGAAUGGAUCGAUGAAUGCGAACGGGUUAACACCGUGGAAGAUGAUGGUGCUUAGGCUGAAGCCUUAAUGCCCAGAUGCAUUUAGCGUUAGAUGCAAAUAGCUCGUGACCCUUGCUGUCUGUAAUUAGGUCCCUAGCAGAAUUAUAUAUGAACCUUGUCUCUAUUAUAUGGGGCUAGCGAGACUGUAGUUGUUCCAGAGUAUUAUCCGAGUUACACAAUGAUCAGGGUGUAUUGGCCCAUUGAAUUUA